GUAAAAUCUCAACAAACUUUAAAGUUAAAUCAAGUUUUAAAAAUACAAAAAUGAAGUUUUUGUCAACAAUCUUCUUUGUGGCUGCAGUUUUUGUUGCUGGAAGCAACGGUGGAUCCCCUUCAUUAAGUUUAGGUAUAUCAUCAUCACCAAUGUUCAUCGGAUCUUCGUCAGGUUCUUUUGUUGCCUCCUCAUCAUCAAGCAGCAUGGCUGGAUCUUCAUCAGCAAUUGUCAUGAGCUCCUCAUCUGAUCAAGGCGUCUGUUACGUAGUUGCACACGUUAUCUACGAAUUCAAUGCAUUCACUUCAAACAUUUUGAAACUUUACAUCCUUAAUUUUCAACGUAGCGAUGAUUCAUCGACCAUGAAUAAGUCUGAGAAGCUUACUCGCAUGGUUGAAGAAGUAGAAAGCCAUGAAGAAGUUCCAGAUAAUGACAAAGUAAAUUUGCGUAAUUUGUGCGAAGGGGGAGAUAAAGGACGUGCAUUUGAUGACGAAUUUACCCAUGAUAACAUCUGGGAUUGCUUUGUUGGCAUCUUCACUGGUGCCUUGAGUGGAGUUUUAGCUCCAUAAAAAAUUUUGAUUUUUCGUGAA